AUGGCGCUGGUCAAUGCUGAAAACAAAAAAAGAUUGGCCGUUUUUGGUCGACUUUUGCGUGAACGUUCAAGGAGAAGAGCACUUCAACAAUCAAUUAUAAUCUCUUUUCUUCGAAGAAGAAUAGUGUUAAAAGCUUUUUUGCUUAUACUUUUAUUGCUGCUAUAUGACAAAGUCGUUGUGCAACCUAGAAGAGAGGCAAGAAGAAGGCAACGCACGUGCAGACGCCUACCUAGGAAUACUGGCUGGUGGAAUAAUGUAAAGGACCAUUAUUCAAAUGCAAGAUUUAAGAAAACCUUUAGGGUAUCGAGAGAAACAUUCUCAUUCAUUCUUGAACGAGUUAAGCAUGACAUCGAAAAGAAAUCAUUGACUGAAAAACCUAUACCUGCAGAGAUACACCUUGCUGUGUGUUUGUAUAGGUUAGGAAGGGGUGACUACCUCUACACCAUAUCAGAGCUGACUGGUUUUGCUGUGGCAACAGUUUGUCAGAUUGUCAACGAAGUUUCAGCAGCUAUUGUGAACAACCUCUGGGAUGAGACUGUUACAUGCCUUUUCCCACGCACAACUCAAGAUUUUAGAAAUUGUAUGGAAGAAAUGGAAAGUGAAUGGCAGUUUCCUUAUUGCUUUGGUGCUUUUGAUGGGUCUCAUAUACCCAUCAAGUGCCCACAUGGAGGUGCUGAAGCCUGCAAAGAAUUUCACAACUUUAAAAAUUUUUAUUCAACAGUAAUUAUGGCCCUUGUCGAUUCAAAAUAUCGAUUUAUUUGGGUGAGUGCAGGGUUCCCUGGAAAUUCCCAUGAUGCAGUGAUCCUAAAGUCAACCAAAUUGUACAGUUCACUGGCAUCAAGCCAAAUCAUACCACACAUCGCGCAGAAUGUAGAUGGAUCAGAGAUUGCACCAUUACUUCUUGGUGAUGGUGCAUUCCCCUUCCAUACUUGGCUAAUGAAGCCAUACAGCAAUGCAUAUUUAACACCGCAGCAAAGGUACUUCAACUACCGCCUUAGCGGUGCUCGCAUGGUCACUGAGGGUGCAUUUGGGCAGUUAAAGGGAAGAUGGCGGAUUCUCCUUAGAAAAUGCGAAAGCAGGCCAGAGAAUGUUAAAGUUUUUACUUUGGCAUGUGUUGUCUUGCAUAAUUUAUGUAUUCGCUGUCAAGAUGUUGCACCAAGGCAGUGGGAUCUCACCAAGGAUCCAUCCUCCAACAAAAGAAGGGAUCAAUCAGAAGUUCGUAAACUUUUGUUGAUGAGAAAUUGCAGGACUGUUACAGAUAAUAACAGGAAUGCGACCAAGAUAAGGGAAACAUUAAAGGAUAAAUUUUGGCGUGAAAAAAUAGACAUCACUAAUUAG